GUACCGACCUGGGUACCGGACGCCGAAUACCGGACGCUGGAUACUGGAGGUUUUCCUUUGCCGUCCGUCCAGCGGCUAUACCUGGAAGUUGCUCCAUGAAGUUUGUCCGUCCAAAGGAAGCGUUUCAGGCGUCGCAUUGAAGAAGUCUCCUGGGUUCCCUGGGAUCUGCUGCCUGGCUGCUUCUCUAGGAGCUGUGUGCUUCAGUCCGAGGACCAGCCGGUGAGCUACCCGCAGUAACGACGGGGUCUGUCCGGAGCCGGGGAGGUCACGGGGGGCGCGGAGCUGGAUGUAUGAGACAGCUUCAUGGGCGUGAAGGACCAUCAGGAGGAUAGUACGGGCCACAUCCUUAGCCUGGAGCUGGAUCUGGAUUACCUCCAUGUGGAAAGCGUUGAGCGGCAGGCAGGGCUGGGCGCUGUGACGGGUGCCGGGGAUGCAGGGGUCCAAGCCGGCGCCACGGGUAACAGCGUCGGGGGUAGCAGCACGGGUUUCAGCCCCAACUACAGCUGCAGCAGCAGCAGCAGCUGCGGCAACUUCUCCGACAGCGACGACGAGCGGCCCCACCAUGGGUCCACCUCCGAAGCUCCAAACCCACAGCGCCAAGAGGCCUCCCCAGUCCUUCAGACGGUCAGGCUGGACCUGGCGCCGAACCAAUCUCCCGGAGAGCAGCCGCUGCCUCUCGCCGACCCCGUCGCGCACUACCGCGCCAAGGUGGAGUUUGCCCUCAAGCUGGGCUACCCCGAGGAGCUGGUGCUGCUGGUGCUGAGGAAACUGGGCCCGGACGCACUCAUCAACGACGUCCUGGGCGAGCUGGUCAAACUGGGGACCAAGACGGAGGCGGAGCAAGGGGGACCCUCCGCCGUCUCUCGGUCCCCCUCCUCGUCCUCUUUGUCCUCCUCUCUGUCGUCCUCUUCGGCCUGCUUCUCCUCCUCCUCCAGCUCCUCUCUCGAUUCCUGCCGGCCGCCGGAGGAGAAAGACAACCUGCGGCCCGUGGUGGUGGACGGGAGCAAUGUGGCCAUGAGUCAUGGAAACAAGGAAGUGUUCUCGUGCCAAGGCAUCCAGCUGGCUGUUGAUUGGUUCUUGGAACGAGGUCACCGUGACAUCACAGUUUUCGUUCCCGCCUGGAGGAAAGAGCAGUCCCGCCCUGAUGCCCUCAUCACAGACCAGGAGAUCCUGCGGCGACUGGAGAAGGAGAAGAUCCUGGUCUUCACUCCGUCGCGCCGCGUUCAGGGACGCCGCGUGGUUUGCUACGACGACCGCUUCAUCGUCAAACUGGCCUACGAGUCGGAAGGCAUCAUCGUCUCCAACGACAACUACCGGGACCUCGGCAACGAGAAGCCGGAGUGGAAGAAGUUCAUCGACGAGCGCCUGCUGAUGUAUUCCUUCGUGAACGACAAAUUCAUGCCACCAGAUGACCCCCUGGGACGGCAUGGACCCAGUCUGGACAACUUCCUGAGGAAGCGGCCAAUUAUUGCUGAAAACAGGAAACAGCCUUGUCCUUAUGGGAAGAAGUGCACGUAUGGCCACAAGUGCAAGUUUUACCACCCCGAAAGGGGCAGCCAGCCCCUGCGCGCCGUGGCGGAUGAGCUGCGUGCCAGCGCCAAAAUGUCAUCUGCAUCCUCCAGAGGUCGGCUGGAAGACGUCUUGAUGUCAAAGAGACAAGAAGAAGGAACGGCCGAGGCAGCGCGAAGUCGGGGCGCCCCAAAGAAGCAUCUGACCCCCAGCCGCCACGGCUCCUUCACCGACCUCCUUGAGGACAGGCUUCGGAUGCAGUCCGAAGCGGAGGGACGCAGGGGGAGCAACAGCAGCGGCAGUAGCUGUAGCAGCAGCUUUCUGGGGUAUCCGACUUCAGGCGGACCCCCUUCAUCCGGAGGCUUUGACCGAUGGGAGAACGUGGGGGGAAACGGUGUCGGAGCCUCCGGGCCGAGCCAGGCGGAAACCUACCACAGAUGCGAGUCUCCAGAGCCGGGCUACGGCUCGCUGGCGAAGGCCUACUCCAGCCUCGGCCUAGUUGUGCCACAGAGUCCGGAGUGCUCCCUCCCGGCGGACCUGCGAGCUGGAUCUCGGCUGUCGGGCUCUAGCAGCGAAGGCAGCACAGACUCUUUUUCCCCGGACUCGUUGUUGGACGACGGCCCCAAGUGCCAUCAUUACCACCACCACCAUCACUGCUCUGGGCAGUACGCCCACCCUGUGAGCCGCGUUCCUCCCGGACUGGGCCACCGCGCUCAUCGGGGUUACCCGGUACGUCUGCGGGGGGAACCUGGUUUUGGCUUCGAAGACCCUCCAGCUUCUGUUCCUUCUAAUGUACCUACACCUCCCCUCAAGUCCCCCUCGGCUUACAUCCCACCGCACCUUCAGCACCCAUUGCUGAGUGGCUUCCGGGGGGAUUUCUCCCCUCGACCGCCUCAAGCAUCCGUUGCUCACUCCCACUCUCAAAGCUCCCUGCACGGCCACAAUUCUAUGAGCUCCCUUUGGCAGGAAGGCGGGCUACAGGGCUUCCAAGUGUACAAAGGGUCUCCACUUCAUUCCCAAAUAAACCACUCAGGACUAAACCAACGACCACAACAUCCGGCAAGCUGGGACCCCAAUUACCAACAGUCCCCAAAGCCUCACUACGAUCCGUACGCCUUCCAGAGCCUCCCGGAGGUCCUCGAGAAGGCCUGGCACUCUCCUUGGGGCCGGCAAACCCAUUCACCCCCUCGUGGCCUCUCGGCAUUGAGUCAUCCACUGCUUCCCCAGCUGUCCCUUCUCCCCAUCACGACCCACAAAGGCCAUCUGACCCCGGCGGCCCAGCACCACGAGCCCCCCGCCUUGGGUCGAUACCAGGACCUUAGAGAGAGGGUGUUUGUUAACUUGUGCCGUAUCUUCCCUCCUGAUUUGGUGAGGAUGGUGAUGAUCAGGAACCCCCAUGUGGUGGAUGCACAGGAGCUGGCGGCUGGGAUCCUGAUUGAGAAAUCACAGCUCGGUUCUUGAAGGCCAGAAUUGUGAAGCUGCAGCUUCAUCGUAACAGCGCCGCAGGUUUAAUACUUGCAGUCGCCGUGAUCCAUGAAGUCAGGUUGGACAAACCAAAAGCACGAUAUAUACAGCUGUUAUGCGCUGCUUAAUUUUAUUGCAGGGAAGUUGCCUCAUUGAUUUCAAUGGAAUCUUUGUAAAGGGAAAUCCACAAAUUGCCAUAAUUUCUCUAUGAAUUUGCCUGCUAUUACAGCACUUAAGAUCAGGAGAGGUGGGAGAUUAAUGUGCAUGUUUGAACGAGCUUUGAAUCAAGACGCCAGUUCUGCUUCAGAAGGCUUUUAGUGUGUUUCAAAGGUGACAGUGUUGUUCAUUUUAAAUUAAUUUAUUUGUUAUAUUUUAAGUUAUUUACAUAUUUUUUAAAUUAUUCUGUUUUUGGCACUUUUUUUGUUCUUGCUGCAUUUCAUUCUCGGCUUUCUGUUUUUUUUUGGCAAUCAUAUCAGGGUAUACGUGUAGCUCAAAUCCCUUCUUUCCAUCUGAGUAAAAUGUUUACUGGAAAAGGAAGAUAGAUUCAAACGUUAAAGUCCUCAAAUCUAUAGGCUUGAAUUAGUCAACAAACGGGUCGAUGGUCUCCUUCUACAGGGGGAUGAUCAGUCGCCCCGCUGAGAAUUUGUGGAGUUCCCCGACGUAGGAAAUGAAACUCAGCGGAACCAGAGGAAGAUCCAAAAACUCCACUUGAAAACCCAGAGAAUCUCUCUCCGUGUUUAAAGGGGUUUAGAAUUCUAAAUCGUGGGCGUGUUCGGCUGUAGACUGCGUGUUAAUUUACUACAUCUGUGAAUAUGUGUUUGUCCGGAUGUCUCCUGUUAGCAGGUCGAACAGGGUACAGCUCGUGUUGCCUUUACAGAUUCUGCAGUUUGUAAAGACAGAAACACACAAACUCAUCGGUUCAGUGGAGAAAGAGAUUUUAAGAAAAAUAACUGAAUAAAAGUUCCUCAGACAUCAACACAAGGACUUAAAUAUUAUCAACAUGAUUUUCAUUGUCACUGAAUCCAUCCAGUAUCUUUUAAAUCGGUUCAUGAAAUGUCAAAAUAGGGUGAAAAGUUGAAUCACAACAGAUUAUUGUAAUGAAUUGUGUAUCAGCAUUUGUCUGUCACCUCUUUCUUAUUCUUACUUUCAUCUCCACCUGCCUGGUUGCUCACACCUGUUGAUGCAAAUUGUAUCCUAUGAACUUUUUAAGCAAGAUCAAUGUUUGUUUUUUUUAUAUUUAAGAGAAAAUAUUUCCAGCUGAAUAUUUUGAGUACAUUGUCACCUUUUGGUACUUAUAUUUAUAUAUUUUUAGACUUCGGGAAAGAGACAUUUUGGAAACAGUAAUUUUAUAUUGUCAGUGAACUGAAAGCUUCUGUGUAGCCCAAAAAAAAAAAACCCUCACCGAGGGAAAGAGCAGACAUGAUGCUGCUGGAGGUGUUAAAAUGAAAAAGGUGACGUAGUCUCGUUUUGUAAAGAGACACUGUUGGGAGGCUCUACAGCUGCUGGAGUCAAACCCGACGUUUAGAGGAGCGUGAAGCUCAAAGCGGUGGAGAAGCUCCGAGGAACAAGUCCUGGGUGCCUCCUGUGCCUCUCUGCACCGUGUGCCACCGUCCGUCUGCUGCUUCAACUCUACGCUUGUUGCGUUAACGUUUCUGUGGAUGAUUAUUUGCCGCAUGUGGGCUAUUUUUCUGUUGUGGUGAACCUUUUGUUUUUGUAUGAUGACCCGCAGGAGCAGACUGGAGUCAGCUUUGCUCUGGAAGAGGACGCCCGCUUUGCCAACUGCGCUAACGGUGUCUCUGGUUUUUCCCCCCGUUACUCAACAGUGUUCAGCCUCUCGCUGACACAUCUGAUCGUCCGUCACGCCGUUUGGCCCCUUGUCAUGUGCCCCCCACUCCUCCUUCAGGCACCUUUGCUGGUUUCCUUGGGGGGUUUUAGUCGGCACGAAUACCUUUUAGUAAUUUCCUUGCUCUUUUAACAAAGAUGGCCUAGAUCCAUCAGACAGAAGUGAGGCUCUCGUCUGUGCGGGUUUGUUUUCCUACCUUUAUUUCACGUUAAUCAAAAUUAUUAAAGUGCCACCUCUUCAGGGAACAAAGGCGAGAGGCGUUUUAUUGCCUCCCAACGUCUCCCUUCGCUCAGGUCAGCGGUGGUUAUACGAAACCAAAAUAUGAAAGUGUCGGAUCAUUUGCUGCUGUUUCACGUUUUUUCCGCUGAAAGAUGGAGAGUUUCGUUCCAAAAGUUGGCCGAGUACGAGGUCCCCCGAUUGCGCCUUGUCAGCAGGCGGAGUGCGAAGGCGUCGCUUUAAGCCGGCCUAGAAUGUGUCCGCUCUAAAUACACGAUUCACUCCGGCAAGAGCACGAAAUUGGCUGAAUGCUUUUCCACCAAUGAACUCGACCUCGUGAUUAACUGUGUCUUUGUUAAUGUUUGUUGAAAAAAAAGAAAAAAAGAAUAAAAACAGACCUCACAGAAAGAACUCUUUAGGAAACGAAACCCAAAACUAAAGCACGGACCAAGAAAACCUGCUGAAGCUCAGAAACUGUCCAAACGAGGCGUUUUGACUGUGUGAUGUGUGAACGUGAGCAAUAAAAGCCAGAGUCAAGCUUC